GUAUUUUUUCAACAACUUCAUCGUUUCUAUUCAACAUCCACAAUGUCGGCAAGGGAAGAACUGAAAAAGAAGAGAGAAUUGGAGGAAGCCCGUAAAGCGGGUACAGCGCCUGCAGAGUUAGACGCUGAUGGUAAACCAAUCAACCCCCAUAUCCCACAGUACAUCUCACAGGCACCUUGGUACAUGGACACAGGCAAACCGGGAUUAGGCCAUCAGCGUCUGAAUAGAGAGUACGACAGCUCAGCUGAGAAGCUCAACAACUGGUAUGAUCGCUCGAUAAAGGGUCAUAAAGCACAGAAGUUUAGGAAAGGUGCUUGCGAUAAUUGUGGCGCAAUGGGACACUCAAAGAAAGAUUGUGUAGAGAGACCUCGGAAGAGAGGCGCGAACAAAACUAAUCGCGUUACUCAAUAUGAUGAUGUCGUACAACAAACAGCAACCGACUUCGACGCUAAGAGAGACCGCUGGAAUGGUUACGAUCCAGCAUCACACAAGAGAGUCGUAGAGGAAUACGCAGCCGUCGAACAAGAGCGUAGGCGGAUACAGGAGGAGGAACUUGAUAAGCAAAACAGUCUAUCAGCAGCUAAAAAGGUCGUCGACGCAACUAAACAAAAAAUCAAGGAUGAGUUCGGUAGCUCAGAUGAGGAUGAGGAUGACGAGGACAAGUAUGCAGAUAACGCGGACGCUGUUGGCCAAAAUGUCGACUCUAACAACAGGAUAACAGUCAGGAACCUCCGUAUUAGAGAGGAUACAGCAAAGUACCUCAUGAACCUCGAUAUAGAAUCUGCACAUUACGAUCCAAAGACAAGAUCCAUGAGGGAAGCACCUCACUCGAACGUCAGACCGGAAGACAGCACAUUCGCAGGCGAGAACUUCCUUCGUAAUAGUGGUGAUGCUGCUGGCAUACAGAAUACCCAAUUAUUCGCUUGGCAAUCUGCUAACAGAGGUCACGACAUGCAUGUACAAGCCAAUCCAACAGCUACUGAAAUGGCUCAUGGUGCAUUCAAGGUCAAGAAGGAAGAAAUAAAGGAUUCACACAAGGCUAACAUGCUUGGUCGAUAUGGUGGUGAAGAGUACAUCACUCCUUCACACAUUCCAAAGGAAAUCCGUCUAGGACAGACUGAAGAAUAUGUCGAAUACUCCAGAUCUGGUCAGCUCAUCAAAGGAAAAGAGAGAGCAAUUGCAAAGUCCAAAUAUGCGGAAGAUGUUUACCCUGGAAAUCACCAAUCUGUCUUCGGUUCUUGGUUCAGCAUGGAGACGAAAUCAUGGGGUUACAAUUGUUGCCAUUCGACGAUAUACACCUCCUAUUGUCAAGGUGAAGCAGGUAAAGAAGCUUCCAAAUCUACAUUCUCUAGACAUGAAAUCGAAGAGGCAUCCAAACCACAGAAAUCUCUCACAGAGCAACACAAGGAGAAAAUCGCCGCCGGUACUGCUGACCUUAAAGCAAGAGCCGAGAGAGAGGGUAACAAAUAUGGUUUCUCUAAAGAUCCUCAAGCUUUGGGUGAGCUUGACAAGGACAAACUUAAGGCUGCACUUGAUAGAGAACGGAGGAGAAAAACGAACGACCUCAGCCGAGCCGAGUUGGAAGAAGAAGCUACCAAGAUUGAUACUGGUAAAGUCACAGCUGAGGAUAUAGAAGCCCGCAGACUUGUGAAACUUGAUGACGAUGAUCCUCUCAAGGGCGCAAACUCUGAGGGUCUGCUACCAUUGUAAAAUGCUAAUUUAUGUAUUUAAUAUAAC